AUGAAGGUGGUUGUGUUUGUCAGUGUGGUGCUUGUCCAUCUGCUGCCAGUGCAUUCCGAUCAGACGGAUUUCAAUCACAUCAAUUCGGAUGGCUCGUUCGCGUUCGGCCUGAAAAAUUCCGACACACCCGGCGCCCACUACCAUACGGCGAGCGGCAACCCGAAGACGAUCGUACGGGGACGCUACGGAAGCCGCCAACCGGACACGGGGCGCGUCGAGGAAACGAUCUACACGGCUGGACCGCGCGGCUUUCGUGCCCGAGGACCAAAAAUCCAUCGCAAACAGAGCCUGUCACAAGUGCAGCGUGGCCCGAUCGGUACACCGGACGACCCGCUGGCCGACCCGUACGAUGAUCCAAGCUAUGAUUUCCAGUUCAAAACACGAAACUAUCAGAGACGGGAAGGAUCGGACAGUAAUGGGCGUGUGAACGGUCUCUACACGUACAUCGAUGACGUGGGUGAGAAACAUUCCGUGCGGUAUUCCGCUGGUUCCGGUACUGGCUAUGAGGUAGCAAACCCCGUACCGGAUGCACCGAACACGAUCGCGUACGAAAGUCCACUCUACAAGACGCACAAGCAGGUGCGCGGAAAGGUCGCGUUCGAGAGUGGCCCGAGCGGUUCUGGCCAGUACAAAUUGCUCUCGGUGGGACCUGAUCAGCGACGAGCGGAAACGACUGGCCCGGAUGGUGUGACACGCGGUUCCUACUCCUAUCUGGAUGAUAAGGGUGUGCAGCGAACGGUGCAGUACAUCGCUGGGGCCGGUAUCGGCUACAAGGUGGUACAGAGCACGGUUGGCGCCGGGACGCAUCGAUUACCGCAGCCUAACUUUGGCAUCAAUCACGUCGAACAGAGCGAAAUCGGGGACAAUAACAAUCCCUCAUACCAGACCGCUCCCUCCGGUCCGGCCAGCGAGCGUCCCGGUGCGUCGGGGGCGGGUUAUGAUCACGUGGCACGUCCUUCGGCUGGUGGAUACGACGGAGGUGGCGCAAACCGUCCAACAGCUCCAGGUGGAUCGUAUGAUCCCCCUACGGGUCCGUCUGGUGCGGGCAGUAACUAUCCGGAUGGACCUAAACCCGGAAUUCCGGGCUAUCCGGAGAGUAGUCGACCAACGGGGCAAGGAUUCGAUGAGGAAGACUUCGACAACAAGCGUCCGACGACAAGUUCCCCAAGUUUGCGUCCACCGACAACGGAUCGACCAACUGCAUCCGGCGACUCGAGUGAAGCAUCCCGCGAGAAGUACCCACUUCCGGACGAUCCUUCGGACCAUGAUCUUGGAGGUUAUGGAGAUGACAGCAUAAUAGGAUUACUUCCACCAAAGUACGACUAUGAGUCGGGUAGUCCUGGUGGUCCUAGUAGUGGCCCUGAUCACGAUCACGACCAACCACCCCUAUCCGGACCGUUCGAUGUGGCCAUCUCGAGCGGUCCAUCCGGUCCCGCACCGUACCCAACCUUCGGUGAAUCGGCAACCGGCACGAACGCCUACAAUUCGAACGAUUUUUCCGGCUUUCCCGAGGUAACGUACGAUCAGAAGAAGCUCGAAGACGACCGCAAGAAGGAUUGGCGUGAUUUCGCGAAAGAUUCCACGAUCAUAAAGAACGUGGGCGAUUGGUACGUGGGACUCGCGCCCGGUGCCUCCGUCCGGGCGCAUAUACAGAACAUUGAUCUGCUACCGUACGGUGGCCGUGCACCGUCGCCCGGGGACGCGUUGCGGCGCGAUACACAGGCGCAGGCUAAAUCGGGUGGUAGAAAACCGUACGAUCGACGGUAA